UGAAAUAAUAAGCUGUAUUGAGACGUGACAAAAAGGAUUGUGAAGUCGGAGAUCUAUAAGACAUUCUGGAAGUAGGAGCAGAGUCCAAAAGCCCCUAGUGGAUAUGCUAAGGAAUUCAGAGGCUGUGAUAUACAACAUACCAUAUACACACUUAAACUUAUCAUCUACAAUUUUAGCAUGUAACAAUUUUUGUUAUCUGACUUUCUUUUGCAUACAAAUCUAUAAGCUAGUACUUUCUGCACUUUUAAUAUAAAAUUUCUGAAUUCAGUUUUCCAAUGUUCACUUAAAAUUGCUAUGUAUAGCCAAUAAAAAAAUAUAUGAAUAUCAGUCAA